AUGAUUAGUGAAUUAUCAUCGGAAGAAAGUUCGAAAAAAACAGUCAGCACACCGUCACGUUUAAUUUUCGAUACCAAAAUAAAAGUGCUGACGGAAUAUUUACGCAGUGGAUAUCUAACAACUUUUCCUAUUGCUCACGGGCCACGUGUUAUUGAUUUGCAGUUCAGAAUUUGUUUGCAAGAAUUUCAUGAAACUGAUCCAUUACUACAAAUUAUUUGUCUCACAGAUAUUCGGAAAGAACUUACGGGAUUAAUUUGUAUACGCUUUUUUACGAUAAAAUCUUCAGAAGAUUGGGCAGAAAUUCUGCAUGAAACAAGAACAACACAAUUUACUUCAACAUAUGUAAUAUAUGGCGAUGACCAAUUCUUACAGUCAUUAGCAAAUACGGAAUCAAAUAUUUACAAGGAAACUUUUAUUGGUAUUAAUAUAAUUAUUGGAUACGAAAUAAACAGCUUCUUGGAAUUUAGUGGAUGGAUUAACAGACUUCGAUCAUUAACUGUAGAUGAACAUGUGCGUUCUCAAGAUCUUGCUUUGUGCCAUCAAGAUUUUGAGAUAAAAACUACGACAAAAUAUUCCGUUAUGUAUUCCAAGUGGAUACUGUAUAUGGGCACUAAAUACUUCCAUCAGUUGAUCGAUGACAAUCCUAAAAUUAUGGAAGUAAGACUGGAUUAUUCACAUGAAACAGUUGCGAAUGCUCUUUGUUUAUCGCUUCAUAAUAAGUAUAACUGUAAGAUGUGUGAGGAUAUUCAUGAAAUGUGCAAUGUGAUUGAACUGGUUUAUCUCUUUAAACCGAUCAACAUGGAUAUAGCUAUGGAAAGCAUUGCUAAUCACCUUUUACGUGUUAUUUAUGAGAGAUGGGCAGAAUUGCCGUUAGAUUACCUUGUGAAAAUAUUAGUAUUACCAAAGAUUUCGGGACUAAAAGAGCUGAAAAUUGCAGUGAGAUCUGUUAUUGUGCAACUUCACGAAGAUCAAUUUUAUUACCAAUACAACGAACGGUCAACCGGAACUCGUUCAGUUCUGUACGGACGAUUAAUUUCCAAAGGAGAUUUGAAUGAAACAUGCAAACCUGUACGCAGUGAACUUGAAAAGUUUGCAGAAAUGAAGCGGAAACUGAAUAUCGCGCAAAAAACUGUAGAAUACAUUGAAAAAGCAAUUUAA